UCAGGGCUCGUGUGAAUCCGACUCUGGUCGGUAGCUGUUCGUAUAUCUUCGUACGCCGUUCGUUAUGUUCCGCCUACACCUCGGAUCUUGUCGAUAGUGAAUUAGGGCUGUAUUUCGUCCCCCUCGAUCUCUGUGUUGUUGUCCUCGGUGACGCGACGGAGGUGUAGCCUGACGCGGUCUCUUACGUGUCGGACUAAAUAAAAGUGGAGCUCCGGAGGCCUGGGAGUGACGAGGCGAGUCUGUGUCGGGCUAUCUAAAUGACCAUGGAGACAGGAGCAGAUGUCCAGCAGGGCGGCGACACUGCAAUCUCAGAGACAGACAGUCAGCAGCUGGCCACUUUGGCGCAGGUUUCCAUGGCUGCAGCACAGGCAUCAGCUACUGGACCCACAGUGACCUUAGUUCAGCUGCCCAAUGGGCAAACAGUGCAAGUUCACGGAGUCAUCCAGGCAGCCCAGCCCUCCGUCAUACAAUCCCCACAGGUGCAAACUGUACAAAUUUCUACCAUUGCUGAGAGUGAUGAUUCUCAGGAGUCAGUGGACAGUGUGACAGAUUGCCAGAAAAGGAGAGAGAUCCUGUCUAGACGGCCAUCAUACAGAAAGAUCCUGAACGACCUUUCAUCCGAUGCUCCAGCGGUCCCACGGAUAGAAGAAGAGAAAUCAGAGGAGGAUUCCACUCCAGCCAUAACAACCGUUACCAUGCCAACGCCCAUCUACCAGACAAGUAGUGGGCAGUACAUUGCUAUUACUCAGGGUGGAGCGAUCCAGUUAGCCAACAACGGAACAGAUGGAGUUCAAGGGCUACAAACCCUGACCAUGACAAAUGCAGCAGGUGCUCAGCAGGGCACCACCAUCCUGCAGUAUGCACAGACCAGCGACGGGCAGCAGAUACUGGUGCCCAGCAAUCAAGUGGUCGUGCAAGCGGCCUCAGGAGACGUUCAGGCAUAUCAGAUCCGCACCGCAUCUAGCACCAUUGCUCCAGGUGUGGUCAUGGCCUCGUCUCCUGCAAUCCCCAGCCAGGGAGGAACCGAGGAGGUCACACGCAAGCGGGAGGUUCGGCUUAUGAAGAACAGGGAGGCAGCACGGGAGUGUCGCAGGAAAAAGAAAGAGUAUGUUAAAUGUCUGGAAAACAGAGUGGCCGUGUUGGAAAAUCAGAACAAAACGCUCAUCGAGGAGCUCAAAGCGCUUAAGGACCUUUACUGUCACAAAUCUGAAUAAUUGUCCUCACGCAUACGUGCUGAACGGAUCUCUUCUGGUGCCUCUAGAGACAGAGACUCUGAACAUACCACAGGCACCUGCACAGCAUCUGUCUUUUUUCAUUUUUUUAUUUCUUUUUUUUAAAUAUUAUCUUCUGUAAAAAUCCAGUUAUCAGUAAUACAUUGUAAGUUUGUACGUGUAAACUUUUUAUUUCCCUUUUCUCUUCAGAAGAAAGAGAGUCAGGUUUUUGGAGACAAGAAAAAACGACAUGCAGGGUGCAGUUUCGUUAUCAACAUGUUGCCCUACUUAAGGAGCGUUGUGAACCAUAAAGAGCACCUUUCUGCAGCUGUGACAGGGAAUGAAUGUUUGUGUGGGUUUAUCAUGGAAACAGCUCAGGGUGCUGCUUCUGAGACCCGCUCCUGUCACUCUGAGGUUCCUAUUUGAAAGACUUUCCCACAAUGCACCAGUCCUUGAUGGCACUGCUUGUGAGCAUGAUUAAAGAGGGAUGGAGUUUUUCACUAUUGCAGCAUGGGUCUUUAAUGAUUGAGAUUAAAUCAGCUGUGCCCUCUCCUGUUGUUUAACUGCUUCCGUUACUAAUACAUAAGCAUAUAUAUAUAUAUAUAUAUAUAUAUAUAUAUAUAUAUAUAUAUAUAUAUAUAGUGUGCCCAUCUGUUAUUACUUGGAUUGAUAAUGUCAUCUACUUUUUUUAAGCAGUGUUCUUUUGUUACUAAAUUAAGGAGAAUCUCAUUCGCAUUUGUUAAUAGAAAAUAGCAAAUCAUUUGAAACCUGUAAUAAUAACAUUUGAAAAACUGUAAACUAAAUGAAAUAUACUACAUGAUUUUCAGUGAGCAUUUGAUGGCCAAUAAUCAGAAAAUCGUUUUUUAAAGUUGUAAGUGUGCUUAUAUUGUAAUAUAUUGGAUUUCUUCAUCUAUGCUAGACUUUACAGGUUAUUCUAGUGCCAUCUACACUGAUCAGAGGCUAAUUGUGUUGAUUCCCUUAUAUUUUGGGCAAAGAUUUUGAUAUAUAAUAACUGAUCUCUGAUCAGUGGAUUUUUUUUUUUCAUGUUCCACAUUGCAAUGAAAUGCUGUUGUUUUUCUCUUGUCUUUUGCAUAACAUGUACCUAUCCAACAACAGAACAUGCAUGUUAUUUUAAGUCUUCUUUUUUUUGGGUUAAACAUUUCUGAUUUUAUUUUUACUUUUAUUUUUGUAUUAUGUAUUGUAUUUUUAAGAUAUGUUGCUUAUGUGUAACCUAAAUCAGUUAUAAAGCAUUCUGGUGCAGUCUUUCAUCAACAAUUAUAUAUUUGGCAGCUGUUCAUAAUCUAAUGUUUUGAGGUAGUUUUUUUUUUUUCCCCCCAAAGUUUAUCUGUAUUGUUUGAGAAGAUUUAAUAUUGUUUGAUCUUCAUUUUAGUCCAGUUGCUCAGACCAGCAAAGUUCAGUUCAAACCUAGUUCACGCCUAUCUGUAAUUAUUGGUUAAUAUUUGGAGCCCAGAAAUGGAAAUAAUUUCUGCAGAAAGUUCUGAUGCAACUUUUAAGCUGCAAAAUGGGUUGUGUUUGGAAUAUUCUAACUCAAUACUACUGUUUUAUCAGUAUAAUAUCAUUCAGUACUUGGAAGUUGGUACAAUUUUUUUCACACACAAAAAAAGCUUUUAUUCAGGAAGGAAUUUAUCAAACAUGAGUAAAGACUACAACAUAUUUCGAAUUCAAAUAAAUGUUCUUUUUGGCA